UAAAAUAAUACGCAUGUUAUUACCAUAUGAACACACAGGAAAUAAAAAAUCAAACAUAUUACUUAUUUUUUUACAUGGCUUUCCAGAUACUUUACGAUUAUGGGAUUGUAUAAAAUAACAAUUAAUUUAGAAACUAUUGCAGGAAUUUAGAAAACUGAUGUAUAAACUCUAAAUAUUUCAUAUCCAAAUUAUGAUUAAUCCUAAAAUCUUAAAUUUGGUUUAGACUUUCCAGAAGUGGUUAAGAGGAUUAGAUCUACUAUAGAACAUGUAGAUAAUGGAUAGAAUCUAAAAAAAAUAUUAAUCACACAUGAUUGGGGAGCCUUCUAUGGUUAUCUUUAUGAUUAAAAAUAUCCAUAAACAGUAGAUGAUAUGAUUGCAUUGGAUGUAGGAGCAUAAGUUGAUUUAAGUCUUAAAUCAGGUUUGCUUAUUGAAUCUUAUUAAAUUACAUUUGCAGUAGCUUUCUUAUUAACUUUGAUUCCAAUUGUUGGUGAAUUUUUUGGAACCUUAUUAGCUAAAUUAUAUAUGAAAUUCAUUUUAAGAAUUCCUAUUCCAGAAAACUAUACUGCUAAAAUCAAUUAUCCAUAUUUUUAUUUCUAAAAGAAUUUGCUAUUUGAUUCAAUUUUAAACAAGUCUAAAAAAUUCUUAUACAGAUAUAAGCCUUCUGUUCCUAUUGUCUUUAUAUAUGGUGAAAAAAAGCCUUUCCAUUUUCAUAGUGCAAGAUGGUAAUUGACAUUAUCUUAAAAUGCAGAUUCAGAAUUUAUAGGAGCUAAAACAGGACAUUGGAUAUAAAGAGAACAAUCUGAUCUUAUAAUCAAUAAAAUAAUUGGAAGAAUUGCUAGAUUAAAAAAAUGA